UGAUCCACUAGAGCCCCUGGACUUAGGAACUCCUGAGGCAUGGUUGACGGGGAGGCCCGAGGCCCACCCUGGUGCCCUCAGGCACUCCUGCUGCCCUUGGUGGUGGGAGGUUCCUUGGGAAGUCACAGUCAUGGGACUUGCCUGCCACUGGGCAGUUCCCUGUGGCUCCCUCAUGCCCCAGGGGGCCUCCUGGCCACUGGGGGAGAAACCAAGAUGGCUGGCGCUCCCUUGAGCCAGGGGCGUCGUAGCCUGGGCGGCUGGGUCAGCAUGAGCAGGGGGACUGAAGGGCAGGCAGGAGAGGUGUGGAGCCAGGCCGGGGGAGAUGCUAGUCUUACAGAGGCCUGCCUGUGUGGCUCCCUUCAUGCUUGUUGGGCUUGCUUUGUGAAGGAUGGGGGUCCUUGGUGAGCUGGUGUGAAGUCCAGGGAGAGGCUGGCAGGGAGGGUGUCUGUUCUAGGUGCCAGAGACUUGCCAGCACUGUCUGCACCUCUCUUAGCCCUGCCCAGAGUGCUGGCUCACUCCUUCUAAAAUGUAAGGGACAGAGGCCAAACCUGAGCUUGAGACCCCGUCUGCUUGAAAUAAGGAGAUGGGGAUUGUGGGGGAGGAAAGCAGGCCUUGGUGUAGGCGAGGCUUUGAAUCACCUGCAGAAGCUACCUGUGUCCAUUCAUCCAUUCCUUGGCUCCAGAGCCCUUCUUGGGUGUCAGAGAUGCUGGCUAGAUGUUUUUAGAUGUCCUGUUUCCUCCCCUUCCAACCUCAAGCCAGGGGAGUCUGUGUAGCCAGAGAGGCUUUACCUCCUUGGUUUCACGCCUUUUCAGAUUCCUUCUAAUAAUGGUGGGGCCAGGGAAGGCCAGCUGGGCAAGGCCCCUAGAUUAGCUCUCACUUUCUGCACCUUAUUCUAUGAACGCACCUGGUAAUUGCCAGCUCUGCUUGGCCUUGUGUUUCCAGGGAGCCAUCUCCAAAAAGACUGGUGCACCUGAACCCCAUCAACCAAUUGUCUACUUAAGUAUGAUUAAGCCUCCCCCUUCGGCCUCUGCCUUUCCCCCCUGCCCCCUUCUCUGCUGGUCCAGACCCACCUGAGUUGUGAGGGUGCAGCGCCUCUCCGGGGAGCCACUUUUUCUCUGCAAGCUUUAGAGAAAAAAAGAAGUAGGGUACUACCUACUCACACCUCCUCUUACUCUUUGGGGAAGAGAAAGGAAUGAGCUAGGGUGGAAUGGGGUGGGGCUGGGCCUUGGCCGGGUAGGUAGGGUGGGACUGGGGAGGGAGGAGGGUGGGGUUUGCACAGGAAGAAGUGUGAUAUAUCUGGACGUGCUGGAGGGUAUCUGGACCCUGCUGCGGGAGUUCAGAAAAGGAACCAGAAGCACAGAGAGGUUGAUGACUUGCUCAAGCUAAUAGCAGAACCAGGAUUCAAAGCCAUUCUCCAAGAUCGAGCUCUUCCUUUGUACCACUGGGAUGACCUCUCGGGAGCAGCUGGUGCAGCACGUGCUGCAGGAGCUGCAGGAGGCGGUGGAGUCAGAGGGCCUGGAGGGUCUCGUCGGUGCCGCUCUGGAGGCCAAGCAGGUCCUGUCCUCCUUCGCUCUCCCCACCCGCCGUGGGGGGGGCCCCGGCCCCCAGGUGCUGGAGGUGGACUCAGUGGCCCUGAGCCUGUAUCCGGAGGAUGCGCCCCGAAACAUGCUGCCGCUGGUGUGCCAGGGCGAGGGCAGCCUGCUCUUCGAGGCGGCCAGCCUGUUGCUGUGGGGUGACGCGGGCCUCAGCCUGGAGCUGCGGGCGCGCACGGUGGUGGAGAUGCUGCUCCACCGCCACUACUACCUCCAGGGCAUGAUCGACUCCAAGGUGAUGCUGCAGGCGGUGCGCUACUCCUUGCGCUCCGAGGAGUCCCCGGAGAUGACCAGCCUGCCGUCCGCCACGCUCGAGGCCAUCUUCGACGCGGACGUCAAGGCCACCUGCUUUCCCAGCAGCUUCUCCAACGUGUGGCACUUGUACGCCCUCGCCUCGGUGAUCCAGCGCAACAUCUACUCCAUCUACCCGCUGCGCAACCUCAAGAUCCGGCCGUACUUUAACCGUGUCAUCCGCCCGCGCCGCUGCGACCACACGCCUGCCACGCUGCACAUCAUGUGGGCUGGCCAGCCGCUCAGUGGCCACCUCUUCCGCCACCAGUACUUUGCACCCGUGGUGGGGCUGGAGGAGGUGGAGGCCGAGAGCGCCCACCCCGGCCCGGCUCCGCUGCCCCCGCCCGCCAAGACCUUGGAGCUGCUCAACCGCGAGCCUGGCCUCAGCUACUCGCACCUGGGAGAGCACUCCAGCGUCACUAAGAGCACCUUCUACCGCUGGCGGCGGCAGUCCCAGGAGCACCGGCAGAAGGUGGCCACUCGCUUCUCGGCCAAGCACUUCCUGCAGGACAGCUUCCACCGCGGGGGCGUCGUGCCGCUGCAGCAAUUCCUGCAGAGGUUCCCCGAGAUCUCCCGCUCCACCUAUUACGCCUGGAAGCACGAGCUCGUGGGUUCUGGGGCCUGCCGGGCCCUGACCCCCACGGAGGAGCUGACGAAGCUGCCGGAGCGACAGGUUGCCGAGGGGCUGGGAUGCUCCUCGACGGCCGCGUCCAGCCCUGGCGUGGUCUUCAUGCAGCGGGCCAAAUUGUACCUGGAGCACUGCAUUGCCCUGAAUAUGCUGGUACCCUACCGCUGCUUCAAACGCCGCUUCCCGGGCAUUUCCCGGUCCACCUACUACAACUGGCGCCGAAAAGCUCUCCGAAGGAACCCCAGCUUCAAGCCAGUGCCGGCCCUCUUGGAAUCUGGGCCUCCCCAGCCAGUGCCGGUGGGCGAAAAGGCCUUGCUCCCUUGGAAGAGUGGUGAGGUCGGAGAGGAGGCAGCGAAAGCCACGGGUGGGGGCCCACCCGCCCCGCGGGCGUUCCUGCCCCUGAGGGUGCCGUUGUCCCGCUGGCAGAGGCGCCUGCGCAGAGCGGCCCGCAAGCAGGUGCUUGGUGGGCACCUCCCUUUCUGUCGCUUCCGUCUCCGCUACCCGAGCUUGUCGCCUUCCUCCUUUUGGGUCUGGAAGAGUCUGGCCCGAAGCUGGCCUGGAAGCCUGUCCAAGCUCCAUAUCCCGGCCCCCACCUUGGGCAGAGGGAGCAGGAAGGAAGCAGAGGAGAAAGAAGCUGGCAGGAAUGUGAUAGCUGCCGUGGGCCCCCCUGCAGGGACCCGGCCAGUGGCAGCUUCUCCAGGGGAGGAUCCAAGGAAGGCCACAGGAGGGCCUUCCAGAGAGGGGGCCCUGCAAGAGGGGCCCACGGCCCAGGGUCGGCCCCCCAGUGGGUCCCUGUCCAGUCACCCUGUGGUGACAGCAGCCGCCGCAGGGGGCCGGGAUGGCCAGGUGCUGGUGAUGGACAUGCUGGCCACCACGAAGUUCAAGGCCCAGGCCAAGCUGUUCCUGCAGAAGCGCUUCCAGUCCAAGAGCUUCCCCUCCUACAAGGAAUUCAGCACCCUCUUCCCCCUCACCGCCCGCUCUACCUACUACAUGUGGAAACGCGCCCUCUACGAUGGUCUCACUCUGGUGGACGGCUGACAGGGAGGUGUGCAAGGGGCUGGGAGGAAGGAGGACCACUUGGGAGAAGGUCAGAGGCCUGAGUCGCCCCCCUGGCUUGGCCAGGAUCACUUUUGCCUCCACGGUGUCUACCGUGACUCCGAGGGCAGCUUUGUGUUGUUUCCCAGCUCCAGGGCAGAGAGAGCCAGAGACCGGCCAUCUGGCCUCCUGUAGACAGCUGCAGGACCAGGGAUGUUCUCUUCAGUUGUUUACCAUUCUUAUUUUUAUUAUCGCGUCUUGGUUUUUUUAGUCUUUUGAUUUAAGUGAGUUGGCUGGGCCCCCUUGCUCGUGUUGGAAGCUCUAUGUAUGUGGGGACCCGAAGGGAGGUUGGUUAGCUACAGCCGCUUUCAGCUUUUCCCAGGGACACAGGGAGUAUUGUAGCGUGGCCAUCUGUCCCAUUGGGCAGAAUAUAUGCCUUCAGUUUCUUUUGGGGGUUGGCACCCUCUUUACUCAAAGAUGUUUCCCAAAGCAAUGUUAGAGAUCAGAUGUGGAGCAGGUCAUAACUUCUGCUUGGUGCCCCUAAGGGAGAGGGUGCCAGGCUCCGUAUGAGCAGAAGCAGAGAUGAAGAAGGACCAAGGUUGACCUCUAGGGGAAGGUCCUGAGCCUGAUCACUGAGGGCUGACCUGUUCAUUGCUAGGAGUUUGGUAAAGGGCCGGGGGACAGAGCCUUGGGUCUCUGCUUGCUGGUGCUUGGUGCAUCUGCUGUGGACCCCUCAGCCCUUGGGGACCCCCAUUUUUCUGUUGAGCUCUGCAGAGCCCAUGCCCCGUCUCCAGUGAGAGACCACACAGGGGCCAGGCAGGUGAGAGACUGACUUUGCAUUGUCCAAAAGUGAAGUUGGAAAACCAAAGAAAUAAAGUGAUGUGGUGCUCACA